GUUUUAGUUAUUUUUCAGCGAAAACUAUGACCUACGAAUAUAAAGUAACUAAUCAGAUAUUGUUGUCCAAUGAACACUUCUUAUAAUUAUUAUGGUAGCCAAUACAACAAUUACUACGCAUCAGAACACAGAAUUCCCUCUGAUGUGAAAGCUCAUGCGUGUUUAAUGAUCUUAGCAUGGGGUUUCUGUAACCCAAAUGCAAUCAUCAUUUCGAGACACUUCAAGAAAGGUUGGCCAGGUCGGACAAUAAAUAACUUCGCUUACUGGUUUCAGUUUCACAUUAUUCUGCAGUCAUUCACCCUUGCAUUCGUUUUAUUGGCACUAAUGAUUAUUGUUGUGCACGUUAUGGGCUACUCAAAUUUAAGGGAUCUUCCCUUCAGCGCUCACCCAGCUUGUGGAUUUGCAAUCGUUGUGCUUACUUUCUCAAAUCCUAUUGUUGCAUGGUUUCUCUGCACGACAAGUGGUCGUCAGAGAGCUAUUACGAAAUAUGUUCAUCAGGUGGCUGGAAUUUUAUCCCAGAUGCUUGCAGUCCCGACAGCCUUAAUCGGACUACAGAUGCCUGCUUUGGGAUAUGGUAUUUGUUCAUCAAAAGUAUAUUCGACACUUUUUGCUAUUACUGUUGUUCUUAACGUCAUCGUUGAAAUAACUCUUGAAGUUAUUGGAUACAAAAUCGGAAAAAAUGUCAAAAUUGUGCGGUCAAUUUUAAGCAUUCAAGCUGAUGAAGCUGACAAACUACUGGCUCGAAUUGAAGAAGAUCCGAAACAUGGAGCUACAUUUUUAGAACACUAUAGGAUAGAACUUAUAAUGAAUUUCGUGAAGCAUACAUAACAAUUUGCAAAUACUGAACACCUCCAUUUUAUAGUUUGGCCAUUUAAUUGCGUUUGUUCGCUGCAAUAAGUGUGUGUUCAGAACAAAAUGGUACUGUUUAUUGGCUUUUCAGUAAAUUCAUGCACAGUUUUCUGUAGCACAUUUUCAAGCCCUAAGUAAUUUUAUAACUGAAAUUUUCUGCAACAAUCAAGACCUAUCGAUAUUAGUACACUUCGAUCAUUCCACAUAAGUAAGUUCACCUAUCUGUAGGAACGGUAAACUUGUAUAAGAACAGCAAAACUUCUAUCACCUUGUAAUAUAACAAUAGUUUUGUUAAACAAUUGUAUUAUAUUCAAGAAGCGAAAUAAUUUCAAGAUUUAGAGAAUCCUCUAUUUCUUGAUAUCACGUUUUUAAAGAUGAGGAAAAUGCUUUUAGUCUGUGUAUUAGCAUCUGAAGGAAGGCUUUGAAAGCGUAUCAAUUAAGUACUGGAUCAAACUGCUUAUUUUCCGCAAAUUUUGCUUCUAGAUUACAAACUAGCAACCGGCAAGACUCACUACUCUACCUAUGUCUUGGACUUAAUGGAGUUGGAAUAAUGCAACCCUUUUGGGGACGCUAAAUUCUCAAGCUCAAUACUUAUGAAGAAAUUAACUUCAAAAUUCACACAUUGGCUUUUAAGUGGAUUCUAUUCAUCGACUUUUUGUUCAUUUCCCUUUUCAUUGAAUCAUAUAUGAAGGAAAUUUAUUGAGCUUCAGCGUAUUUCAAUGCGUCAAUAAUUUUCACUGUUAUUGCACAUUCAAGUGUUGGCUACUCUCCUAAUACAUCCUUUUAUCAAUAAUCACUGAAACUAAUUGAUGCAGGUUGGGUAGAAAUGGAUGUGAAUUAAUCUUCUUUGUUCUUCUCCAACAUUUUAUUCACAAGAUUUGAAGUGAUUUUAGCUAGAAGAGAAGACAAUGAUUGUAUGUAGUACCAAAUUUGUAGUUAGAGUUAUCGUUGUAGUCUCGUGAAUGUAUCGUAGCUAAUGAUGGUUAUGAAAGCUCAUGAAAAAUAGAUUAAUGACAUUUUAAAAUUGCUUAUUACCAACGUCAAUUCAUGUAACUUUGCGUUAUCUCUAUAACUCCGAUUCAUUUUCCAUGCUGUACAAUCGCAACUAUAUAUACGUAUUUUUCAGGAUGAUAGUGAUAACAAUAAUAAUAGUAAUAAUAAACUUCUGCUACACAUGGUAAGAAUGAGGUAGAAUAGACAAAGGUAUUAAAAAGUUUUUUUAAACAGGGAAACUAAUAAUAGUUUGAUUGUUAUGGACUUAAAUAUUCAUCAUAAAGAUAGAUAGGGAAAUUAUGAUUGGGAAAGGAUGGCUCAGCACGAUAAGAUGAAAUGCUGAAAUUGAGAUGGAACAUAAUCAGGAGGAGCAUAGAAGCAGAAAUAAAUCGAUAGGGAGGUAGAAGGUUUAAGGAGAAAAUGGAAGGGGAAGCAGAUGGUUGUAAAGAAAGGAAAGUAUGAAGAGAGAAAAAUGAGAUUUUAAGAUCAUGUUCGAGGAAGAGGUUGUACCGAUUUCUUUUGGACACACAAUUCUGGUUUGCACAGAUGUAUGGCUAUUGUGUCGGCAAAGUUAAGAAGAUGCAAUAUAACUGCCGUCGGAAGAUUUUUACUUACCUUGUAGAUGGCUUUGAACGCAGAGUCCAUCUUGAUUGAGUGACCUGUGUUCACAAGGUGCUCGAUUGGGCCGUUUCAACCUCCUUUUAGCCACACCGAGUAAAGUUCUUGAAUUCUUUUGGAUAAAUUACUCAUCGAACGACCUGGCUCCACAUGGGUGGGUAAAUUAGUAAGUGCACAUUGAGUUGGUCAGAUGAGAUAAUUUGUCCUUAAGAUUAUUGAUGAACGGUGAUUGGCCGGAGAAUAUUAUCCGCAACAUUGAUUCUCCUCUUUAAGACAUUUGCAGCUCUAUCACCCUUAAAGUCGAUGUUAACGUAUAAUGUUUCCUUUUCAACUGAAGUUACUUGUGUUUUAGGCGAUUUCAGUUUCAUGUUUUUGUCAAUGAAUAUCAAACGAUACCCGCUUUUGACAAGUAUUUCCUUCGAGAGGCCCAGUUCUUCAUCUAAAACCUCAGGACUACAAAUACUUUGUAUUCCCAUAACGAGUGAUAUUAUGAGGUUUCGUUUUCGACUAAUGGGGAUACAGCUGUAGGAACUUGGGUCCCUUAUAGGUAGAUCUGUUUAGAGUUUCACCUUGUUUCCGUUUCAUUUCCACAUCAAGAAAGUGAACAUUUAGUUUGUUUUAAACUUCAAGUGUGAAAUUUAUUGCUGGGUGACAGUUAUUAAAUGUUUUCAGAAGAUGACUCAAAUAAUAUUUGUUUUCACAAAUGAUAAAAAUAUCAUCUACGUACCUUUUAUACAAGUGAAAUUUUUCGGUGGUCGUUUUAAGUCAAAUGUUUUCUAGACUCGCCAUGAAGCAAUCUGCUAGUAAUGGACCAAGAGGGGAUCUAUUGCUAUGCCACCCUUUUGCGAAUAAAUUACGUUGUUGAAUGUAAACUGUGCAUUGCAAUUGCAACGUAGUAGUAGUUCUUUCAAAUAUGCUUCCGGUAUUUUGAUAUUAAUCCCGUUAUUAUUUAUGUAACAACAGAUAAAACGGAAAUACAACUGACUUAUUUCUGUUUCUAUGCUCCUCCUGAUUAUGUUCCAUCUCAAUUUCAGCAUUUCAUCUUAUCGUGCUGAGCCAUCCUUUCCCAAUCAUAAUUUCCCUAUCUAUCUUUAUGAUGAAUAUUUAAGUCCAUAACAAUCAAACUAUUAUUAGUUUCCCUGUUUAAAAAAACUUUUUAAUACCUUUGUCUAUUCUACCUCAUUCUUACCAUGUGUAGCAGAAGUUUAUUAUUACUAUAAUUAUUGUUAUCACUAUCAUCCUGAAAAAUACGUAUAUUUAGUUGCAAUUGUACAACUUUGAAAAUGAAUUCACCGAAAGGGGAAGCCUCCUCUGAACCAAUCUUUCUUAUUCAAUGUUUCAAUGCGUGUAUUUCGUUUAAUUAAUUGACAGAAUUCGUUUACUACUGAGGAGACGGGAGGAUAUAGGUAAAUUUAGAAUUUCUAACUAGACUAUUUCAGCAGAAACAAAUAUUUAAAAAAGGUUCAAAGGAUAAAUAACUUGGUUUAGUAUAAAAAAAAGCCACAUUCACUAAUUAUUAUUAUUAUUUCAUAUAAAUUACAUUACCACAACUGUUUUUUUCUCCCUGGUUACAUAACUGUCAUCUAACGGGUUAUAAUUAUUUUUUCCUAGAAUCAAAGGUCAAAAAGAGGUGUACCAAAAGAAAUUACCAAAAACCAUACAUUAUGGGUAAUCAAAUACUUUCUUCUUGCUAUGCAUUUGGCGCUCAGUUUUAGCUUGGUAUUUGUCUUAGUUGUACUGUUAGCUGCAUAACGUUUCCCGUGUUUCUUCGGUGGAGUAAAAUAAAGGAAAAGUCAACACUUUUACUUUGAUUUUUUAUGAAGUCAAUUUUUAACUAGUACAACACAAUCUAUGUCAUACUAAAUAAAAUGUAUACGAACAUUGAAAAGUUGUCUUUCUCUUUACCAGAUCUUUUAAUUCAGUUCAGAUUUCAUGUAAUAUUGAUGUGAUCAGUACAAAAUGUUAAUACUGU